AUGGAUAUUACAGUUGUGGUUGUUUCAGACGAUGAUGGAAUAAUAUCUCACAAACUAAAGAUAAUGAGGAGCAUAUUGGAAAAGGCGAUGUCGGAAACGCCUCUUGAAAAUCGACCGCGACUUCCUCGCAUACCCCUAACCAAGUGGAAUUGGGCUGCCAUGCGGGCUCCAAACCCAAUGCUGGUGACUUAUUUGGAAGCCAGUCGGGACCUUUACGAGACGGACUCAAUUCUUUUUGGCACUGCACUGACUGUGUGCAGUAUUAUUGGUGCCAAACUUCCCGCGGCUGGAUGUGCUACUAGAUAA